AUGCCAACUUCCCCGGAAGACAACGCUUGCGACUCACCGUACUCUUCGGUAUCGGAUGACUUUACGAUGAACAAUUUAUAUUUUUCUUCUACUAACGACGUAUCUCAAGAUAACCCACCAACUUUAUUGGAUCCAAAACUAGAGGUCGUUGACUCGAACACACCUUUGUUUUUUAUAACUCUAACUCCACAGCAAACACCUACUCGAGAGUUGCAACCCCCGGCUACUCAAAACGAUCCGCAAGUUUCUCAUUUUCACCAAACAGUCUUUAAUUCUACGUCUUUGGGUGAUAUGCAUCAACAAUCUAUAAAUAAUUUUAUGUCACCCUCGUUUUCCCAAGGAAUACCGAAUUUUGCUCCAAAUGGAAUAAAUUAUCUGGAAUAUAUUAAUGGAACGGAUAACAGCAUAGAACAAAAUAUUUCAUCAACGCAAGCAGAUCGACAAUGCCAGGUGCAGGAUAUCAGUGAUAAAGGGCUUCAAAUACGUGUUCUCGGAGUUCCACAGACUGGUGCAAAGUCUCGCGUAGAAACACAAAUAAAAUUGUGUCUACAACUUGUAACUGACAAAGGAGAAAAGGUGCCAUUAUGGUCCCAUUUAAGAUUGCCCGAAUACAUGGUUGCCAAAGAAAAACUUAAGACAAAAAAUGCAAGGAAUCCGCAGGACAGUGCUAUGAAUAUUUCAGAAAAGGGUGUUCUAAAUUUAGAAGCUACAGUUGUGUGUGCAAGUGAAAUGCCUAAAAAAGUUCUUACAUGCCUUGGUUGUGUUCAACGUGAGAGAAAAAGAUCACAACGUAAAAAAGAAAAUAAGCAUUCCAAGACUAAUCCGAAUGCUACUUCCAACGAUGAUUCAAAUAAACCCAUGGAUUUGGAUGAUGAGAAAACAAUGCAGUUGGAGCAACGCAAAAUUCUUUUAUUUAAUUGUAGUGAAAUUGUAGAUUUUAGUAGUGGUGAUACCAUUUUACCGACAAGGAUCACUUGUUAUUGUCGUCAUCAUAAUGAGAAAGUAGGAUUUUGGUAUGCACAACAGAUAUCGACAGGAAUGUCACCUCCUAUUAUGAUAACAGAUGAUCACAAGUCAUCAAAAACUAAAGUAGGCGUUGGAAGAAAACGUCCAAAAGCUGAAUAUGAUCGUCGCGCGAACUCUGUGUCUAGUAAUUCUUCUACAAAGAAUAAAAUUAAUAACGAGUUAUCUUCAUUAUCGCCUACUCCGACUGGUGAAUCGCACGCUUCCUCAUCUGUAUUAUCACCGAACUCUAAGUCAUCUGAAGUACCAUCGUCUCCUUCAUCCCUUGUCCAAAACUCUGACUCUAUUUCGCCGAUAAAGCAAGAAAAAACUAGUCCAAACAGACAACAAUUACAAAUUCAGCCAUCAUUGACAUUCCAAUCUCAAUCGUCACCUACUUCACCUUUAUCACCAGUGUCACCUGUUACUCCUAUCGCAACUAGUGUACCAAGCACGCCUAAUGUACUUAAUGCACCUCGUGCUUCAUUUCAAAACACUGACCAAGCUGCAGCUAUUACUUCCAAUCCUCAAGCUGCAUAUCCUAUUUUAACUAGCAAUAGUUCAUCUAACGUUGUUUUAUCUAUGGCUCCUGCACAGAUCAGCAGUGUUAAUGUAAAUUCAUUAUAUCAGCAACAACGAUUGCAUCCAAGCAUUGGUGGUAUCAAUCAUUUUAAUGUUGUAAACUCUCAUCAAGGUGGGGGAGGUCCCAUGCGAAUACACAAUUCACACAGCCAUAAUACAAUGCUGAGGAGGCCUUUUUAUAAUGCUGGUGGAAAUACUGCAGCAAUAUAUCCAAAUAGUACGUUUAAUGGGUUCUCGUUACCAAGGAUAAGCAGGUUGAUUCCUUCCGAGGGUCCUACGUACGGUGGUGUUGAAGUGACUGUUUUAGGAAGCGAUUUCUAUGAUGGGCUUACGUGCAUAUUUGGUGAAACUCCUGCAAUUCCAACCCAGUAUUGGUCACCAAAUACACUGGUUUGUCUCUUACCUCCUUCACCUACUCCAGGACCUGUUGUUGUGAGCUUUAAAGAAUUUCCUAUUAAUCUAACGGAUAAUUCUGAACAAGAAGUUGUUUUUUUCAAUUAUAAUGAUGAUUCAGAUCGGGCGUUGAUGGAAUUGGCACUUCAGGUUGUAGGAAUGAAAAUGACCGGAAAAUUAGAAGACGCGAGAAAUAUUGCCAUGCGUAUUGUUGGAGGUACUGAUAACAAUCAAAGUUCAGGCAACAAUUCUAAUGGAGAUAUGAAUGGAAUGCAACAUCAUCUUUCCUCAUUUGCACGUCAGGUUUCGAGGACAGAUAAUUUUGAGGAACAUGUAGUAGCAACACUCGCCUUGAUGGAUGCAUUUGAAACAGAAUAUGACAGUAUAUCUCUUCAAAAUCGCCAACAGCACACCAUGUUGCAUAUGGCUGCUAUGUUAGGCUAUAAACGUCUAUGUACAUAUCUUAUAGAAAAAGACAUUGAUGUAGAUUUACAAGAUAAAAAUGGAUUUACUGCGUUACAUUAUUCUGCAUGGACUGGAAGAGAGGAUAUUGUGAGAUUACUUUUAACGGCUGGAUCCGAUGAUAUACGUAAUUCUGAUGAGAAGUCUGCUAGUGAUUUGGCUGCGUCCCGAAAUUUCCAUAAUAUUGCUUCCAUUAUUGCUAGUUAUCGUGUUGAUUCAGGAGUGUCUUUAUCGCCAACUUCAUCCGAAGAAUUUUCAUCGGAAAAUUCAGACUAUGAUAGCUGGUAUAGUAGUGAGGAUGAUGAACUUAACUUAGACAAUGAUGCGAGAACCCAAAAUCUAGUUGAUGGCAUGAGUAACAUAAACAUUGAUAAAAUAUCACGUCAACGUAUGAACGAAAACACUACGCCUAGCAUAUCUUGGGUUGAUGCGGAAACUGCGAGCGGUUUAUUAAAUAAUAAAUUGAAAAAAGAAGAUGGGAUUAUAGAUGCAGAAGUGGUUGAUGAAGAAAAGAAAAUUGCUAAACAGCCUUUGUCUGAAAUUGCCACCGAUUUAGCUACAGCAUCAACUAUUUGGCUUCAAAGGACAUUUGCACAUAUGCAUAUGCCAAAUAUAGGCAAACCACCUCAGAUCAAUAUUCAUUUGCCUAACAUCAAGAUGCCAAACCUUCAAAUGCCUAAUCUGCAAAUGCCGAAUCUUCAAAAUUUUUCAUCCCCGAAAUUUUCUACAAUGACUUUCGGAACCAAUUUAUCCAUUCCACGACCCUCGAUACCAUCUAUGCCUUCAUUAUCAAACAUUGAAUUUCCUACUUUACCGACGGUGACCUUUCCUACGAUGAUAAUGCCUACGGGACUCACAAACCUUGUAAAGGAUGAAAAGAAUAUGUCUUCUGAAGCUGAAAUGUGCAGUAUGAAACUGGAAGGUAUACCUCAAAGCACUUGGGACCAUUACAAAAGGACAUUAUUUGGACAAGGGGAACCACAACAGCAGCCAGAGCAGCCACCUAAAGAUAUUCCACGUGAUGCCACAGUAUCUGGUUACCCGUGGCCCUUUAAUGGUUCACAACCAAUAGUCCCUAUGUAUCCACUUAAACCAGAGGAAACACUUUCUUCCCGAUCUGCUAACAUUUCACAUGCUAGCCGUCGAGUUGGUUAUGACAUUCAAGACUUGAAUGAAUAUCAACUUUCACGCGUAGAGCAACAUACUGAAAAGUUCCGAAGGUUGAAACAGGAUAAAAUGUUAUAUCUAUUUUGGGUCCCUGUCUUUUGGGUGAAUCUUAAAAUGACGGAUUCACUGCGUACUUUGUCAACACCAAUUGACUAUGAGGAAAUUGAUGAGGAUGAGCGUUACACUGAAGAAACUCCACUUACAGUGGCCUCAAGAGGUUUAGAAGAGGAUGAUAUUCUACCUUUUAAUUCGAAUAAUAAUAAAAGCACUUCUUGGAUUACUUUCAAAACCCGACUCAGAUAUUAUGUUCCGGUCUUCAGCUGGCUACCAUCUUAUUCAUUUCAAACUUUUUGGGGUGAUUUUGUCGCCUCGUUAACUGUCACGACUAUUCUAUUACCUUCAGGAUUAUCAUAUUCUGUAUUGGCAAAAUUACCGGCUGUUCACGGUUUAUAUAGUAUAGUAAUACCUGGAAUAGUUUAUGCUUUUCUUGGAACUUCGAGGCAAUUGGUUAUUGGUCCCGAAGCUUUAGUAUCCAUGCUUGUAGGUUCUUCGAUUGUGCAGCAACAAAAAUAUUUAGAGAAAUCUGAUCCUGAAACAGCUAUUAUAAUUGCUGGAUUGAUUACAUUAUUUGUGGGUAUCUUGACGCUCAUAAUAGGAAUAUUCAGACUGGGUUUUAUCGAUUCUGUAUUAUCUCGCGCUCUUUUAAGAGGAUUCAUCUCAGCUGUGGCAAUCGUGAUCAUAAUUGAACAAGGUUUAACGAUGACUAUGUUAACAGAACAGGCAAUUAGAGAUGGUGUUGGUCAUGCCUCUUCAACAGUAGAAAAAUUCAUUUAUAUCGUUACCCAUUUUGGGGAAGCCCAUAGACUUACGACUAUAGUUUCAUUCUCUAGUUUUAUUUUUCUUCUGUUAGGUGCUGCUCUCAAAUCAAGGUAUUCAAGGCGAUAUCCUUGGGUUCAAUUUGUUCCUGAUAUUUUAAUAUGUGUGAUUAUUUAUACUAUUUUAUGUGCUAUUUUCAAAUGGGAUGAGGAUGGUGUCCUUAUACUUGGUCAUAUUCAAGGUGGUGGUUUUCCUUCUUUCCAAAUUCCUACACCACCACAUAAGAUAAAUAUACUGGAUUGUUUCCAAACUGCUGUUUUAAUUUCAAUUGUUGGGUUUGUAGAGUCGAUUGUGGUUACCAAAACUUAUGCGACAAAAUAUAAUUAUUCUGUCAGUGCAAACCGUGAAUUAGUAGCCUUAGGCGCUGCUAAUUUAAUAUGUAGCUUUUUCCAAGGUUUUCCUGCAUAUGGUGGUAUGGCGAGGAGUAGCAUAAAUGAUAGAGCUGGUGCUAAAACGCAAUUUUCUGGUUUUGCAGCAUUAACAUUAAUGCAUGAGCUUCCCGAUGACUUGCAUUUCAUGUAUAAAAUUAGAGCAUGGAAUGAUUUUGGUUUAUUAUUUUUGACUUUCUUUAUUACAAUUUUUGUUUCAAUCGAAUACGGCACAUUGAUAUCAGUUGCAUUGUCUUUGGUGCUUGUGGGUCGUAUUGGUAAUACCAACAAAUUUAAACCGAUCAAGGACUUUCCUGAUUCUGCUGAGCACGUAGAAGGUGUACUUGUUGUUCGAAUAUCAGAGCCCUUGUAUUUUGCUAACACCGGUCAAUUAAAAGAUCGGUUAAGACGAUUAGAAGCGUUUGGUGAUAUGAGCGUUCAUCCUUCGGAAGAGGCGCGAUUGUCACCAAUUGAAAAUGUAAUUUUUGAUAUAGAAAUUAUGGAAGAUUUAGACGCUAGUGCUGCACAAAUUCUCCUAGAAAUAGUAGAAGCUUAUCACAGCCGUAAUGUCAAUGUUUACUUUGUAAAACUACGUGAAAACCAAAAGGUACUUUUCGUUCGAUCAGGAUUAUGGAAUAAAGUAGGGGAAGACCAUUUCUUCGGACAAAUUUCUGACGCAUUAGAAUAUAUUAAUAGGAAAGGGUUAGGAAUUGGAAUCGAAUAA